CUCUCUCUCUCUCUCUCCUGUAAAGAUGGCGGUGAGCAGCAUCCGAGGCCGGCCGAGCAGGAGCGCACGGAUGAGAGGUCGGAAUGAGAGCGGAGAGGAAGCUGUCCCUCUGGAUCUAAACAGAGAUCCUGCAGAAAAUCUUCUUGAAAUCCUUCAAAAUGUGGUGAAGCAGAAAGAAGUGUCCAACAUGAGGAAGCUGGGACACCUCAACAACUUAGUGAAGCUCCUCUGCAGCGUGGGUCACUCAGAGAAGAAACUCGGCUUCACACAUGAGGAGAUCAUCGUCUGUCUCCGGCUGGCGUUGUUGAAUGAGGCCAAAGAGGUUCGGGCGGCAGGACUACGAGCUCUGCGUCACCUGAUCAGGGACAGCGGUGUGCUAGAGAAGGUGCUGAGGCUGCAGGUGGACUACCUGAUCGCCAGGUGUAUCGAUAUUCAGCAGAGCAACGAGGUGGAAAGAACUCAGGCGGUCAGACUGGCACGCAAGAUGAUCAGUGUGAACGCUCAGCUUUUCCCCUCCUCUCUCACCAAUGCCCUAAUCGCCGUGGGCAACGACGGGCUUCAUGAACGAGACAGGAUGGUGCGAGUCUGCAUCGCCAUUCUCUGUGAGCUGUCCUUAAAGAACCCCGUUGUGGUGGCCCAGCGGGGAGGGCUCAGCACCAUCCUGAGGAGCGUGACCGCCUGUCAGCUGAUCCGGAUCAACGAGGCCCUGAUCACCACCGUCCUGCACCUCCUCAACCACCCACACACCCGCCGCUAUGUGCGCGCUGACGUCGAGCUCGAGCAAAUCCUGGCCCCGUACACCGACUUCCACUACAGACACAGUCCUGACUCUGCGCUGCUCAAGGAGGACAGACAGGCUCAUUUCACGGCCAGUAAAAUGUCGAUAGUCGCCUCGUUUCGCUCGUGGUCAGGCAUCAUUAACCUGUGUAAGUCAGGCAGCUCUGGACUCCAGUCUCUGAUUGGUUUACUGUGUAUACCAAAUAUGGAUGUGAGGAAAGCUCUGUUAGAGGUUUUCUAUGAAAUCUUCCAUCUCAUCAAACCUACCAUGACUGCUGACUUUAAAGAAGCUCUUCUCAGCGUAGACCCGAGCAGGUUUCAGGACAGCUGGAGGCUUUCUGAUGGAUUUGUGGCUUCAGAGGCGAAAACACUUCUCCCCCAUCGAUCCUGCUCGAGGCCCGACCUGAUGGAUAACUACCUCGCUCUGGUUCUCUCCGCGUUCAUCCACAGCGGACUGUUAGAGGGAUUAAUCGAGGUGAUCACCAGCAGCGAUGAGGUCUUAUCGGUCUGCUCCACCAUCCUGCUGGGAGAACUUCUCCACAUGGCGAACGCCCUCCUCCCUCACAGCCACAGUCACCACCUGCACUGUUUACCCUCCCUCAUCAAUAUGGCCGCCUCCUUUGACAUCACACCUGAGAAGAGACUACGCGCGACUGCGGCCGUGAACCACCUGAAGUGUUUCCAUGAGAAGAAGAAGAGAGGAGUCGCGCCUGACAGUCUGUACCUGGACCACAUCCUCCGAACAUCAGGAGCGUCACACUGCUGUCGAGAUCAGCACGUCAAAGCUCACAGAGACAUCUUCCUCAUCAAGGACUCUGACGACUCCCUGAUGACCCACCUGAGAGACAGUCACAUCCUGAACCACAAAGACCACCUGGACUGGAACUGGUCCCUGAUAGGAACCGUUUUAAAGUGGCCGAGCGUUAGUUUACGGAGCCAUAAAGACGAACAAAUUCACAAGUUUGUGCAGCGUCUCCUGCUCUUCUAUAAGCCCAGCAGUCAGCAGUACAGCAGCCUGCAGCUGGAGCACCCCAAGGCCCGACAGCUGACUGUGGUGGGCUGUCAGUUUGUGGACUUCCUGCUGCUCUCUGAGGAGGAGGGUCAGGUGUACCUGGAGGACCUGGUGAAGGACAUCGCUCAGUGUCUGUUCUCUGCUCAGUUUCACCCCGAGCGCGGGCUGUCAGGCAGCAGGCUGCUCACCACGCUCGGCCAGCACUACUUCCUGUUCCUGGGCUCGCUGUCGGCCCACACACACGGAGUCAGGAUGCUGGAGAAGUGCAGUGUCUUCCAGAGUUUGUUGAGCGUGUGCAGUCUGAAGAAUCAGGAGCACCUGCUGAAGCUGACCGUCUCCACGCUGGACUACAGCACAGACGGUCUGUCUCGGGUCAUCCUGUCCAAAGUCCUCACUGCUGCCAACGAUACCUGCAGGCUGUACGCCACCAAGCACCUGCGCGUCCUCCUGCGGGCAGGCGUGGAGUUCUUCAGUAACUGGGGCAUGGAGCUCUUGGUCACUCAGCUCUACGACAGGAAUAAGACCGUUUCCAUGGAGGCGCUGGACAUCCUGGAUGAAGCCUGUGAGGACAAGGCCAACCUUCACGCUCUGACAGAGAUGAGACCAGCUCUGUCUCACCUGGGGGACAAAGGUGUGCUGCUGCUGCUCAGGUUUCUGUCCAUCCCAAAGGGCUUCUCGUACCUCAGUGAGAGAGGAUACAUCUCUUUAGAGAUGGAGAGAUGGCAGAAGGAGUUUAACCUGAAGUAUGUGGACCUGAUCGAGGAGCAGCUCAACGAGGCUCUCACCACCUACAGAAAACCUGUCAACGGAGAGCAAUACGUACGCCGCAGCAACCAGAGGUCACAGAGGCCACAUGUGUAUCUGCCUGUACACCUGUACGGUCAGCUGGUUCAUGAUAAGACCGGCUGCCAGCUCCUUCAGGCUCAGAACGUCGUCCCUGAUUUGAGCUUCACCGUUCGCUCUCCUGUCCUGGACCGAUGGGAGGGGAUCAGGCAGCUGAAGGCAGCUCUCUGGGCCCUGGGACACAUCGGCACGUCUUCCUGGGGUCUGAACCUGCUGCAGGAGGAGGGGGUGAUCCCAGACAUCGUGGAUCUGGCUCACAGCUGUGAGGUUCUGUCCAUCAGAGGGACGUGCCUGUACGUGUUGGGUCUCCUCAGUCGGACUCAUCAGGGCUGUGACUCUUUGAAGCAGCAGGGUUGGGACUCUGUGAGACACAGCAAGAGGACUCUUUGGCCCGUGGUCCCGGAGGAGCUCGAGCCUCAAAUUCGACUGAGCGCUGAAUCCAGGACCAUCACCGAGUCCACGAGAAACUCGGCACAGCCCAGUGUGUGUGUGCUGGAUGCUGAUAGGCUCCAGAGUUCUGACAUCGCAGAAGACUCCUCCCCCUCUCUAUACACCUGUCCAGAACUGAUGAAGAAACUGACCCCCCUCACCACGCUGGCCUCCUGCAGCCACCUCCUGCACUCUCUGUCCCUCCCCAGGAAGAAGAUCACCCACUCUGAGGACAGCACCCCAGACCCUGAAGGAGAGCCUGAGGGGGGGCAGGGACUUAAAGAGAAUGAAGCGGAGUUCUCUGUUCGCAGAAACAACCAAAAGGAGGUGAACGGUGGGGAGGAGGUGAACGGGGAGAAGGAGGUGAACGGGGAGGGGGAGAUGAGCAGGUUUGGGGAAAACCAUCAGAGGGGGACACGCAGCUAUGAGCGUUUGGCUGAAGACGGACCCUCUGGAGGGGGCGGAGUUCCGCUGAAGAGCCGGAGCCAGAGCUUUAACACAGACUCCACAACCAGUGGUAUCAGCUCCAUGAGCUCCAGUCCUACCAGGGAGGCCCUGCAUCCCCCCACAGAGACCAGAAAGACCCCCCUGCCUUACUCGACCCGUCUCUCCAUCCCCAAGUCCUGCUCUGUCUUCCUGGUCCCUCCUGGCUCCGCCCACACGCUGCCACGGCGCGCUCAGUCCUUCAGGUCCCCAUCGGUGAGCACUCUGAGCAGCUUGGCGGACUGCAGUCUGUUCUGCAGCUCUUCCAGCUGCUGCACCACCCCCCAGGACGCUCUGGGUUACACCACCCUGAGAAGGCUGCAGCACCAACGCAUCCAGCCCUGCGUGUCCCACAGCGAGGCCCGGGCAUCCCCAGCCAAGGAGAUCUUGUUCACCGACACCAUCACCAUGAAGUCUGGAAGUCUGGACUCCAGACGCACAGCUCAGAGGUUCCUGAAGGCUCUGAGUUUUGCGUCUCUGGACAAGGAAGACCUGCUGAGUCCCAUUAACCAGAACUUUCUGCAGAACCCGUCCUCGGUCCGCUCCUUGGUCUCCUCUGGAUCCUUCAGCUCCUCUGAGGAGUUUAUGGGCCUCGCUCUGCCCGUCAACAUCAACAACAUGCUCCAUAUCAAAGACACUCCAUAUUUCCAGAAGAGGCUUAGUCCUCCGUCUGAGGAGCACUCUGCUGGAUUCUUCUCUGGAGGAGGAUCUGACGGUCUCAGCGAUGGAAGUCAACCAGCGAGGCUCCGCUCACAGCUCAGCAUCACAGAGCUGCUGAACCGGGCUGAUCAGAACCAGAUCCUGGCCUCGGAGGAGACCGGUCUGCAGGAUCACAACCAGAACAACUGUCUGUACUGUUCUGGACUGACUGUGAUGGAGUCCAACUCUGAGGACAGGGACACAGAGCCCACAGACGCCCCGCUGUGUCCGGAGAGGCUAGGUCCAGCUUCCUCUCAGCAGCUGGAGGUCCUGGUCCAAACCGAUCCGUCAGGAGGGUCAGGGUGCAGUGACUCUGUGUCUCGGGGGUCAGCGGGGAGCCAACACAGCACAGAGAUGGUUUUAGGUGUGAAGCUGAUCGCAGAGGAUGCUCCUGCAGGUCAGGUUCUCCUGAGGAAAGAGGUUCUCCGUCUGAUCAUCAAACUCAGCUCAUCAGUGGGGACAAAGAACCACGAGACCAGCCUGCUGGCUAUAAAGGAGAAGUUUCCGUCUGCGUUUGAUGACGUCUGUCUGUACUCUGAGGUUUCCUUCCUGCUGGCUCGCUGCUCGUUCCGUCUGACAUCACGCCGCUUCAUUCAGGAGCUCUUCCAAGAUGUUCCCUUCACACCGUUGUAUGAGGAGGCAGAGAGCGUCCUGUCAACAUCUCCAAAGAGACCCUCGUCUCCACACUCUGACGCCUGACUCCCCCUGAAUGCACCACGGACUCCCCUGGACUCACCGCCUGGAGACCCCACACCUCCAUCAUCCCUCAGUCUGUGUCUGAAACCCUACUCACUGUAUACUGCUUUAGAGCCUCACACUGGACUGUUCAUAAUAUAUUAAUCAUAGUCAGAGUCUUAUUUACAGACUUUAUUUACAGAGCUUUUAUUUUGAAGGCACACAGAGGGGGAAUUGUUUUGCUGAUCACUGGAAAGUUUGAGCGCCAGGUCUCUUAUAAAUACUGCGGCGCAGUUACCACCAACUCGCAGCAGACACUCGUUUUUCACUUUAACUUAAAGUCAGGGUUGGUAAUUUUCUCCAGAUCCACUUUUUCAGGUUUUGGUUGAAAUUGUCUUUAGGUCCUGACACA